AUGGGAAAUCAUGAAAGGACGGAACGUUCAGAAGACGAGCGCAGCAAUAACCGCGACGACCGUGCUAGCAAUCCCUCUUAUCAGCAAAAAAGAAAGCAGGAAUUCUCACCUCUCCAGCGGCCGCGAAAGAGAAGGGUCAUAUCCGAUGACCCAUUGGUGAAUGAGGCAAAGACCACGAAGCAGCUGCCGACUACAUUGACUAGUCAACCGCGGGCAGGGCUCCAACGCGUCAAGAGAACGCGUCAAGAAAAGGACAGGCAAAAGACGGGGCUUUCGGACAGCGAAGAGGAUACCUUUCACGACGAGGCCGUACAAUCCAUUUCUGCUCCAGUACCCCAGAGAAACAUAUCAUUUACUAGAGCGGCACUAGCAAGUCGAUUUUCGACAUCCAUUACUGCACCAGUGAAAACGCCAGCAAUAAUUGAAAUCCCUGACUCUGACGAUGAAUCUCCGGUGCCGGGUAAAGAGAUAAUCGUGAUUAGCGACUCCGAGGAAGACGGCCCUAUUCUCAACGAGAAACCACCAAUCGUUCAUUCUGGUGACGUGACACCCCCUCCAACACCCCCGCGAACCACCGUGGAUCGCAUUUCGCCCCCACUUGUUUUCAUGCCGAAUGGCUUGCUUCCGACAUCCCCGUUCUCCGUCCCCAUCCCCCCCUCACCGAUCUCACCACUAGGCACAUUACCGUUGCUAGAUCUCAAAACUCGAAUAAGUUCCCGUCAAUCUACUUCUGAACACCCUGAUGCUGAGGUUUCCUCCCUGGUACCCUCAGUCGAUAUCGUCGGCGAGAAUGCGACGUUGCCUCUCCAGCGACGAGCCGAAUCUCUCGAUAAUCAAGACGCAGAAUUCAAUGCUGUGGUCGACUUGACGCUCGACAACACGCCUCCACCCCAGUCGCCUAUUCAGACAGAGCUACCUCAAAGUAAUGACGCCAUAUUGCAACAAAUCGCCAACAAAAUGAGGCGCAUGCAAAAUAAAGGCAAGGUUUCUAUCGCAGCUCAGAGUCAGAGACAGGAACAAAAUCCUAUUGAUCCACCACCGGCUUCUGCCAUUGAAACCCCAGAUAGCAGCAACUCUCCUCAGUUGGCGGAUGCCGACGCGGGACUGACACAUACCGACACAUCUCAAGAGCAACAUGCUGUUCUUGACGCAACCACGAGACUUGAGAUGUAUCAACAAAAAAUCAUCCCCCUACACAGUGAAGUAGUCAAGGACGUCAUUCUUAUUUUCCCACCUGGUGCCGACAUUGACGAGCUGGUGCCGCUUGUUCCGCCUAGUCCUGGACGACGGAGUUACGAUGAUACUGAACCCUAUUAUCUCGAAUAUCUUGAUGAUAGGCCGCUCGUGGUGCAUAGCCCUGCCCUUCCCGACAGACCACUGGUCUCGGGCGAUCCAGAGUUGACAGUGCUGCAGAGCAGUGUUGACGAGGAUAUGUCAUCCAACUCAAGCAAUGAAAUUGAUGCACUCUUAGAAUUCGACCUUGAUGACUCCUCCGUUCGCUCAGGGUCUCCGUUUUCAUUUCGGCGCCCUUCCUCGCGGUCUUCGACGCAGUCCGAAGAUGUUCCACACCUUGAUGACGAGGAGGAAUCUGACCAACUUGAUCUAAUUCCACAUAAAGGACGACCUCCUCCCAUUUCUCCCACUCCCGAUUCCUCCUCAUCUUCUGAUGCAGAUGAGUCUCGGCACGAUAGUAGGCCAACAUCAUACCCAUCUCUUUCCUGGAAGAGUUAUCGGCACAAUUUCCAUCACCCCACGUACUAUGCCAAAGAUUUGGAGAGCACAAUGCACGACCAUAUCAACUCAUACCAGCAGAGUUUCCGAGACAGUCCCGAUACGCGCAAGCUGUUGGAAGCCGUUAUUCGCGAAAACACUUCGGAGGAUGAGCCUGUAGCGCCACCUAUUCGCAUUGAAAACAUGGUUGACUCUGAUCCUACCCCACCUUGGGAGUUUUACUACACAAAUCGACUGUGGCUUGGAAGCGACAUUGAGGCAUCGGACAUGUCGACAUUGAGGCAGAACGAAUACACACAAGAGUAUUGGCCUGGUUUCCAAUACGAUACUAAGGGCAGGAUCAGGAAUCAGGGGAUUCCCAUAUUUGAGUGCAACGCUCAUUGCUCAUGUGACGACGAGGAAUGUCGAAAUCGCGUGGUUCAGAAGGGGAGGCAAUGUGAUGUCGUCCUGAGAAAGACGGAGAAGAAAGGUUGGGGUGUCUUUGCCAAGUCCAAGAUUCUUGAGGGUACUUUUAUUGGUAUCUACUCGGGAGAGUUCAUUCUGGAGCGAGAAUGCGAGCGUCGGGGAAUGGUCUAUGACAUGUCGAACCGUACCUAUCUUCUCGACAUUGAUUUCUAUAAUGUAACACGCAAAUUCGGCGACAACGUUGAAUUUGGGGUUGACGCGUACCAUGUUGGAAAUUUUACACGCUUUUUGAAUCAUUCUUGUGAUCCCAACUGCCGUGUUUGUCCAUGCUACAUUGACGAACCGGACGAACGUCGACCCUUGAUUGUAUUCUUUGCGACACGGGACAUCGCGACAGAUGAGGAGCUAUGCUUCUCAUAUUCUGGAAAGCUUCCUGGGGACGAAGAUGACGAGCUAAAGGGCAAUGACGACGAUUACAAACCUGACACGGACGAGGAUGGGCCGAGUCAUAAGCAAAGCAAUGCAUGUUACUGUGGCGCUUCAAAUUGUACUGGUAAAAUGUUUAACGAUUAA